GAACUUGAAACAUUCUUCAAAAAUUCAAAAUUGAGAGUCACUUGAGUGAGAUUUCAUCUCAAGUUUCUCUCACAUUUUGAACUUAUAAAAAAUGCCCAAAAAAAUUUCCCCUGUUUUUCAGAAAGUUACAAAUCUACUAAACAUGUCAAUUUUCUUAGCAAAAAUGAGAAAACCUCUGAAAAAAGUGAAGAAAUUUAGUCUUCUGAAGCAUUAUAGUUAUGGGUAUAUUCAAGAAUACCAGUUUUCUCCUUCGAAUACAUCAUUGCUUCAUUACUAUAAUAGAAAAAAAUCAUUCAGAAAACAGAGGAGUUGCAGAGAUAUAUGCUCUGUUUUCUUCAUUUCGAGAUGUUUGGGAAUGGCGAAAUGCGAAGGAGAAGAGAAAAAGAGAAGGUACCCAGUGUUGGAGUUGGAGAGAUUAGGUUCCAUGGAGGAAUUUGCAGAUUUUCAUGGCGAUGAUGAUGAUGAUGAUGACGAUGAUUCGGUUGAUGAGAGAGCUGAGAAGUUUAUUGAAAGGUUUUAUGAAGAAAUUAAAUUGCAAAGACAAGAAUCAUUUUUGGAGAAGUUUAAUGCAAUGGUUGAGAAUUAAUGAGAGCUCGAUGCGGAAUUAGAACUUUAAGUUUACGAGCUUUGAGAAAAAUGGUUAUUUGGUUUCUAAAUGGAUUUCUCAACAAAACGUAAAGCUAUUAAAUUCUGUUGAACCUUUGGCUCGCUAGCUCAAGAAGCAGAAUGAGUUUUUUUUCUUUUUAAAUUUAAAUUAUAUUUAUCUUUUUUUGAUGGUUUUAUAAUCUUUUUUAAAGGAAAUUUUAUUUUUGGUGUUUGGGUUUAGGUUGGAUUGUGAUGAUAUUAUAUUUGAUUUAUUGUUCUCCACAUUGGUUUUAAUGGCUGUGGAGAUAUUGUUGUUUAUUUAUUUAUAUUUAUUUUUGUAAUGUUGUUGCUGUUUAAUAAGUUUGUUAGCUUGUUGUAUCAAAAUAUGUAAAUUGAAAUGGAUUACUUUCUCA